CAGUUUGUUUAGCCUGACAGGCGUUGCUUUUUACUUUCGUUGCUUUUUAAUCGUAAUCACUUUUACCUGGCUACCCAACAAUACGCACCAAACUGCCAAACAAAACGAGCCGCCAACAAACCGCGAAAUAACCGAGUAAUAAUAAUAAUCGAACGCAAACAAUAAUCAUGCACAAUUUGAUAAAGAGCCGUGCCCUCUUCGAGAUCUUAAAGAAGCCAUUGCCGCCAAACUAUUUUAAUGAUGACGGCGAUAAAGAGAAUUCAGAAGAUGAUACCAGCAAUCUAAGUGCCAGUGCCAAAGAAUUUGUGCCGCGCUCCAAGAAGGAAGAGAGUUCCGAUGAUGAUGAGUCUGCUGUGGAUUUGACCGAAAUAAAGAAACGGUUCGAGAUUCUGGAUGCGCAGAAAACGAAUGCUGCUGGUGCGGACAAAGUCGAUAUGGAUGAAAUUAAGAAAAUGUUCGAGGACCUGGAUAAGGAAAAGUCGUCGGCUAUGGUGCUGCCAUGGAAAGGAUUCCCCAGGAGAUACGAGAGACCUGCUCUCAGUGCCCAGGUGGUUCUGAUCGAUGAUUCGGACUACGUGCUUGUUCCUCGCAACAAGGGAAAGAAAAUGUCACUGCAGGAGAAGCUAUUUAUGAAAAACUCAGCCGAUUACAUGGAAAAUGAAGAUCACGAAAAUAUUGAUCCAUAUUCUUCCGAAGCCCUACCGCAAUAUCCGAACUACCAUGAGAAGUCAUUGCUGGCCAGGGAGAGGCGUCGUGAGCAGGAUAGAAAGGUGGCUCUGGAAGCCCUGAAAUUGGUCGAACAAAGACGCAUGAGGGGUCCUUUGGUGCCCUCUUCGGAUCCAGGCAAGGAGAAUGUCGGUGGGGCCCAGCCGGUUGUGCAUCUGUCACGAUCGCCCAUUAGGUUUUCACUGGAGGAUCGUAUUAAAGUGGAUCGUUUGCGGGCCGCCAAGAAGGAGCGGAUCGAGUAUGCUCUUUUGGAAAUUGCGAAUGAAAAGAAGUUGGCGAAGUCGAUGCACUUGCUGCAGGAGCAGAGAAAGCGUGCAGUCAACCGCUGUAUCAGCACACUAAAAGAACCCGAAAAUACGGAGGCUGGGGCUUCGGUGGCCACGGUGGCAACGGUGGCAACCAAAAGAUUUAUACCCACCGCCAAGGAGUGGGACGAGCAACGUCGAAUCAAGUUUGUGAAACCGGAAAAGAAUGACGUGAUCCCGGUGGCUCCUAAGAAUCCAGUGGCCACGAUGACCGCCAAUAGAUAUAUACCCACCUGCAAGGAAUGGGACGAACAGCGUCGGGCCAAGCACAAGGCUAAGAUGGACACCGUAAAGGAAAAUAUUCCAGCAAUAACCAAGUUGCCUUUGAGGGAAUCCAAUGGCGUCUAUGGCACCACUGGCAUGUCUUCGGUGUUUGUGAAGAAGGUUGAUCCUGGCACCACGGCCAAACCACCGUGCCCACUGCCAACUAAAGAACUCGCGGCGGAGAAACGCAAAGGAAAUAUCACUCAUUUCCAAACGAUUAUUAAUUGGGCAAAUCGUAAAACUUUUAAAGCUCCGAAAAUGGCAAUUGCUAUCACUCAGCAGAUGGAGAGUCAGCAAAUAGCAGAUCAACGGGAAGAUCGUCCAAUGAAGAAAGCAAGCGUGCAACGUUAUAGUAUUGAGGAAUUGCUGAAGCUGGAACCGCAACCCGAAGAUCUUGAAGAUCCCAAUAUCAAGGCGUUCAGUAGUCUUGGAAUCGUGUGCAAUCGUGUGAAUCGUUGGAAUCGUGUGCAAUUGAUCUAAUGACCACAACUCUUUACAACUUAUUAGGCUUUUAUUUGUGUUGAUUUGUAUUCGAUGAGGUUCAGUUUCUAUUUCAAUUUUCAUUUUCAUUUUACUUUGAAUUAUGUCAUUCUAGAUAAAAAAAUAAAUUGUU